AAACCAAACGCAGCCUUAAAAUGUUUCCCUCGAAACCCGGAGUGACGAAACUGCCCUCCUUUCGUUGUCUGGUUCUCGUCCGUAUCGCUCCCACAUGCGUAGACACUAGACAAAGAUCAGGCUCUCGUUCUCACUAAUUUUGAUUUGGAGGGACCAAUUCUUUUGGGUGAAUCGAUGGAAGUAGAUUUGAUAACGAGUGGUGUAGCAGAAGAAGAAGCUAUUGAAGUCGAUGAUUUCAGUAAUAAUUUUGGAAAUGUGCAGGAGAAUCCUAAUAUGGAGGGAGAAAGAUGUGGGAUAUGCAUGGAUGUUAUAAUUGACAGAGGGGUUUUGGAUUGCUGUCAGCACUGGUUCUGUUUUGCAUGCAUUGACAAUUGGGCUACCAUUACAAACCUUUGCCCACUUUGCCAGAAUGAAUUCCAGCUGAUCACAUGUGUUCCUGUUGAUUUGAAUAUGAAGGUAUAUGAUACCAUCGGGAGCUGUAAAGUUGAUGAUGAUUCAUAUACCAGAGAUGACGACUGGAGCAUUGAAGGAAAGAAUAACACACUUUCUUUUCCAUCUUACUAUAUAGAUGAAAAUGCAGUUAUCUGCUUGGAUGGAGAUGGUUGCAAAAUUCGAAUUGGUUCAGUAUCAACUGAGGGAGAUCCCAAUCUUGAUACAUCGAUUGCUUGUGAUUCAUGUGAUUUAUGGUAUCAUGCUUUCUGUGUGGGAUUCAAUCCUGAAGGCACAUCUGAGAGUACUUGGUUAUGCCCAAGAUGUAUUGUUGAUGAGGUGCCACAAAAACCAGAUGGGAAUAUAGAACAGAGACCAUCUGGUCCUGAAAAUUUUAAUGAAGAUUGUUCAGUUGAGGAUAUUUAUUCCAGAAAGGUGUCUAUUUCUGUAGCUGAUGCUGGUGAGACAGCUCUUGUAGUCUCAAUGGUAGGAGGAAGUAAAUUGACUGAAGAACUAAGUGACAACAUUCCAUCAACCAUUCAAGUUGACAAGGAACUGAAAACUAAAACAUUUAUAUUGGCUUCUGAAGACAAUAGUCAGACAGUCGCAACACCAUCCAGGGAACAUUCUAAACCUCAACAAGUCAUGGGGGCACAAGAAUUAGAAUUGUCCUUAUCUUGUGAUACAUCCUCCAGUUUUCCUUCGAAUUGUUUGACUUGUAGUGAAGUUAAGACAAAUGCUGAUGAACAAAUGGACUGGCAUAGAAGCUUUGAUUGCGUCAAAAGUUCUUUGGGAAAUGUAGUAAAUGAAUCCCAUAUCAGUAACACUCUAUCUGACAAUAAUUCUGGUAUGGGAGUUCACCUUGGUCUGUCUGUUGGAUCAUUUUUAACUGUUGAUAAAAUGAACUAUAGUGGAACCGACGAUCAAAUGAAUGAAGAUGUGAAGCAGGAUAAGCCUUCAGAAGAAUGUAUAUCUGAAGCUGAUAAAACUGCACCAGAUGCUGAUGAUGAUGCUCCUGAAGUUAUUGGUGUAAAGAGAAAGCAUUUGGAAUGCAGUGUUAGUGAUACUGCCAAUGAGAGUGCUGACGAUGGAGAUGUCAAACCUAAGAUUGAGACUGAAAUUUCUCCAAAGAAAAUAAAAGCUGAGAGGAGGGUUGAAGUGAGUCCAGCUGAGGACCAGGCCGAUAUAUCUGUUUCAGAUGAUUCUCAAAACAGCACCCUGAAAGCAGUUCCAAGAAAUGGCAGGUUGAGGCUUCAUCCUGAAAAGGAGAAUUCCACUUCUGAUAUAAUGAGCAUUGUUGGAGGGACAAGACGUAAACUUUCCAAGAACGUUGGGUGCCCUAGUUCUUCUGAUGAUAAAUCAUCAAAAGAUCAAGAAACUAUGGCUGGUUUGAGAGUGAAAAAGAUCAUGAAGAGAGCUGCUGAGGACAAGGAUUCAUCUAUGGUAGUUCAAGAACUGAGGAAAAAAAUAAGAGAAGCUGUCCGUAACAAACCCACAAAAGAUAUUGGUGAAAACAUUUUUGAUCCAAAGCUUCUGGCUGCCUUUAGGGCUGCUGUUGCUGUACCUACAACUGAACCUGUCAAGACACUGUCUCAUUUGUCCAUGAAGGCAAAAAAGUCAAUGAUGCAGAAGGGGAAGGUACGUGAGAAUCUAACUAAGAAAAUUUAUGCAUCCAAUGGAAGACGAAAACGAGCAUGGGACCGUGAUUGUGAAAUUGAAUUCUGGAAGCAUCGCUGCAUGAGAGCUUCAAAGCCUGAAAAAAUUCAGACUUUGAAGUCGGUUCUUGAUCUUCUAAGAAAUGAAUCUGAUGGAACAGAGACAGAGCAGAGGUCUGAAAAACGGGCAAAUCCGAUUCUUUCCAGGUUAUAUUUAGCAGAUACAUCUGUAUUUCCACGAAAGGAUGACAUCAAGCCGCUCUCAGCUCUUAAAACUUCUAGUGAUUCAGAGAAGAACAGUAAACAAGUCACCAUGGUGGAAAAAUGUGUGAGUUCAUCUCUUGAUAAUCAUACUUCAAGUUCCACACAAACUAAUAAGGUUUCAUCAAAGGUUGGGAUUCCUUCAUCAGAAACUUCUGGGAAAAGGAAAACUGUCCCAAGCUCAAAGGAAAAUUCUGCAACCAGUAAAGUGCAUCUGAACCGUAACCUAGAAGUUUCUUCAGUUUCUUCAUUAGGCAGUUCCAAAUCUAAUGCCAAGAAAGAAACAGCUACUCAAUCUAAGGAUAUUAAAAUCGACAAAAGAAAGUGGGCCCUACAGGUUCUUGCUAGGAAAACAACUGGUGCUGGUGGGAAUGCAACAAAUGAAAAGGAAGAAGACAUCGCGGUGCUUAAAGGAAAUUAUCCUUUGCUAGCUCAACUACCAAUGGACAUGCGGCCAGUUUUAGCUCCCAGCCAUCACAAUAAAAUCCCCUUAUCAGUGAGGCAGGCACAGCUGUACCGCUUGACUGAGCACUUCUUAAGAAAAGCAAACCUUCCUGUCAUUUAUAGAACUGCAGAAACAGAAUUAGCUGUUGCAGAUGCAGUCAAUAUAGAAAAGGGGGUUGCUGAUAGGUCAAACAGCAAGCUAGUAUAUCUGAAUCUAUGUUCCCAGGAGAUAUUGCAUCGUUCAGAAAAUAGCAAGUCCAGUGGAGCCCCUGUGGUGGAUAGCUCAUCACUGUCCGCUGUCUCUGAUGAUAGAUCAGAACAAAAUACAAAUCAAGUAUCAGCUGAUGAUGCAAUCGAGAAAGCAUUGAGAACAGCUGGUCUUUCGUCUGAUUCUCCUCCAAGUAGUCCGGAUCAUCAAAUUGAAGCUCUGGCUAAAGAAGAACCCUCCUCAACAAGUUUAAGAGAGGAAGAACCUGAGAAUGUAUUUGAUAUAGAUUAUAAUCCAGAUUUGGAUAUAUAUGGGGACUUUGACUAUAACUUGGAAGAUGAGGACUAUAUUGGUGCCGGUACUGUGAAAGUCUCUAAGGAACAACAAGAAGGUCUGUCAAAAUUGAAAGUGGUUUUCUCUACGCUUCAAUCUGAAACUGAAAGUACAAGCAAUGCUCUGGAUUUUGGAAAAUCUGAAAAUCUGGGGAAUGCUGAAAUACUACAUACUUCUUCCUGCAUGCUAAAUGAUCAUACUGAAGUAAACUUUAAGAAUUCAACCAUGGAGGGUGGUACUGACAAGUCGUAUCCUCUGGAACCAUUACUUGGUAAAGAAGGUGAAGAUCUUUCUGCUGCAGAAUAUGAAGAACUAUAUGGCCCAGACAAAGAACCCUUGGUGAAUAGAUUUCCAGAAGGAGCGUCAAGUGAGCCCUUUGGAUUGAUUGGUGCAAAAGCUGUUGCAGAAAAUGAAGAUGCUAAGAACUAUGAAAAUCGUGUGCAAAACCAAUCAACAAAAGAAUCUGAAUCAGGACAAGAAAGCAAGAAAGAAUUAUGUGCAACCGGUGCAGAGUCUUCAUCAAACAAUUCUGAAAUGGGUGAGAAUGUUCCACGGAAGGAGAAAAAAUCUAGUGCUGGGACUAACAAGCAGUCUGACAGUUCAAAUUCUAUAUCGAAGAAGGUGGAAGCGUAUGUCAAGGAGCAUAUCAGACCUUUAUGCAAAAGUGGUGUGAUCACAACCGAACAGUAUAGGUGGGCUGUGGCGAAAGCAACUGAUAAAGUUAUGAAGUAUCAUUAUAAAGCCAAGAAUGCAAAUUUUCUCAUCAAAGAAGGUGAGAAGGUGAAGAAACUUGUGGAGCAAUAUGUUGAGGCUGCCAAACAGAAGGAUAAAAGUGACUCUGUUUGAGGACAGCGGUUUCAACUAUCAAAAUACUUCCUUUUCUUAUUCUUCAGAGCUUCUGCUCAUCGGUAAUUGUUGUAUUUUGUAGAUAGUUACAAAUCCAACCCAAAACAUUGUUAAACUGUUUAAGCAUAGGCAUUGUAGAAGUUUAUAAUAAAGAAAAAAAGUUUGUUUGACA